AUGAAUUCUAAAAGACCAAAUCCAUUAAGUUCAAAAACACCAAAUCCAUCAAAUGAAGUCAAUAAUGAGCUAUACAGCGCCAUGACACAUGCCCAAAGGGCAGUUGCGUAUUACAACCGACUUGCACACAGUCAUGGGGUUCGUUGUCAGGUGCCCUAUAACUCUGCACAAUUGAAUUGGUGGCUCCCACCACCACCGCCGCAGCCAGUAUCACAAGCAACAGCUAUUGAUCAUCAGCAGCCCCCGCUGCCACCGAGGACUGAUAAUAACCAGCAGCCACAGCUAUCAGCUACACCCCCGCUGCCACCGAGGACUGAUAAUAAUCAACCGCCGCAGCCACCACCAGCAACAGCUAAUGAUAAUCAGCAGCCCCCGCUGCCACCGAGGACUGAUAAUAAUCAGCAGCCAUCAGCUACAGUUGACAAUAAUCAACCGCCGCUGCCACCACCAGCAGCAGCUAAUAAUCAUCAGCAGCCCCCGCUGCCACCGAGGACUGAUAAUAACCAGCAGCCACAGCCAUCAGCUACAGUUGACAAUAAUCAACCGCCGCAGCCACCACCAGCAGCAAUUAAUGGUUAUCAGCAGCCCCCGCUGCCACCGAGGACUGAUUAUAACCAGCAGCCACGGCCAUCAGCAACAGUUAACAAUAAUCAACCACCGCGGCCACCACCAGCAUCUAAUGAUCAGCAGCUUCCACUGCUACCGAGGGCUGAUAAUAAUCAGCAGCUACAGCUUUCAAGAACAGUUGACAAUAGUCAACCACCGCAGCUACCAGCAGCAACUAAUGAUUAUCAGCAGCCCCCGCUGCCACCGGAAGCUGUUAAUCAAUCCCAAAUUCCAAUGUCAGCUUAUCAUAGUCAACAGUCGAUGUGGGCACCGGAAUUUUAUCCACCAUCUCAACCAGGGGGUUACUCAUAG